AGGCGCGGCGCAUCCCCCCGUCCGGGCCCGUCGGUUUGCACCGCCCGUGGGCGUGGCCCCGUCGAUCUCGCGAGAAGAGGAGGGCUCCGGCCGUCGGGGUCGCCGGCCGACGGGUCGGCGGCCAUGGCGGCGGCGUCGUCGUCGUCGGGCCCGUCGGGGUCCCGCCGGUGCCGCAGCUGCGGGGGCGUGGACAUCGAGGUGGACCCUUCGCGGGGGGACGCGGUGUGCACGGCCUGCGGCUCGGUGCUGGAGGACCGCAUCAUCGUCUCCGACCUCCAGUUCGUCGAGGGCGCCGGGGGCGCCGCCGCCGCCCUCGGGCAGUUCGUCUCCCUCGACGGUGCGGGCAAAACACCGUCCCUCGGAGGAGGCUUCCAUGUGAACCUGGGAAAGGAAUCACGAGCACAGACACUACAAAAUGGGAAACGUCAGAUCCACCACUUGGGAAACCAGCUGCAACUGAAUCAGCACUGCCUGGACACGGCCUUCAAUUUCUUCAAGAUGGCCGUGAGCAAGCACCUCACCCGCGGGAGGAAAAUGACCCACGUCAUCGCCGCCUGCCUCUACCUGGUCUGCCGCACGGAAGGGACGCCCCAUAUGCUGCUUGACCUCAGCGACCUUCUCCAGGUUAAUGUCUAUGUGUUGGGGAAAACCUUUCUCCUACUGGCCCGAGAACUCUGCAUCAACGCCCCAGCUAUAGACCCGUGCUUGUACAUUCCCCGGUUCGCUCACAUGCUGGAGUUCGGAGACAAGAACCACGAAGUGUCGAUGACGGCACUGAGGCUGCUGCAGCGGAUGAAGAGAGACUGGAUGCACACGGGUCGGCGGCCCUCGGGGCUCUGCGGAGCAGCACUUCUGGUUGCCGCUAGAAUGCACGAUUUUCGCCGAACCGUGAAAGAGGUCAUCAGAGUGGUUAAAGUGUGCGAAUCCACGCUACGGAAAAGGCUUACCGAGUUCGAAGACACUCCCACCAGCCAGCUGACCAUCGAUGAGUUUAUGAAAAUUGAUUUGGAAGGGGAGUGCGAUCCCCCUUCCUUUACGGCGGGACAACGAAAGUUAAAGAUUAAACAGCUCGAGCAGGCCCUGUCAAAAAAACUCGAGGACGUCGAGGACGUCGAAGGUGAAAUUUCGAGCUACCAGGACGAGAUCGAGAUCGAAUUAGAGAACAGCAGGCCGAAGGUGAAGGGAGCCCUUGCCAAUUACACCAAAGACAAUUCCGUCGACGAUAACGCCGCCAUCAUCUUCGGCGAGGAGGAGGCCGAGGACGAAGAGCUGGAAGCGGCCGCCAACCACCUGAAUAAGGACUUUUAUAGCGAGCUCCUCGACCGAGACAGACUGGACAACGAAGAGGAUCCAGAGCCCGGGCCGGCCGAGCCGGUGCGGCCUCCGGCCUUGGAGUGUCUGCUGGGCCCCCUCCCCACCGCCGCCAGCCUGGGCAUCACCGAGUCCAUAAAAGAAUGCAUCUCUGCCAAGGAGCGCGACCCCAAUGAAAAUUCGGGAGACGGUGAGUUAGAUCUCAGCGGAAUCGACGACAGUGAAAUAGACAGGUACAUCCUCAACGACAACGAAGCCCGGAUCAAAGCGGAGCUGUGGAUGAAGGAAAACGCUGAGUAUCUGAAGGAGCAAAAGGAAAAAGAAGCGAGGAUAGCAAAAGAGAAGGAGCUUGGAAUUUAUAAGGAGCACAAGCCCAAGAAGUCUUCCAAAAAACGGGAGCCGAUUCAGGCCAGCACGGCCGGAGAGGCGAUCGAAAAGAUGCUGGAACAGAAGAAGAUCUCGAGUAAGAUUAAUUACAACGUGCUCAAGGACCUGAACAGCAAAGGGAGCAGCACGCCCAAGCGAGAGGUCGAGGGCCCCGAAGAGGACAGCGGCAGCACCAAGAGGUUGGCGAGGAGAAAAGCCAUCCCCAGCAGGACAGCGGCCGAGCCUCUGAGCAGCCUGGGAAAAAGGUUGAGGCCUUUCCUGUCGACACAACCGGCUAAGAAGGUGGCCACUGGAGAGGCACCUGCCCCGGGUUCGCAGGGAGCAGUCCCCGAGCCCAAGCCAGCCAGCGUCGUGGUGGAGAGCGGGCCCGUGGCCUAUAAUCACGAAGACGACGCGGUGGAGGAGGAGGAGGCUGAGGAGGACGACGAUCACUGCGUGAGCGCCCUGCAGUUAAUGGGAGGAAAUGAUUACGGCUGCGAGGUAGACGACGACGAUUUCUGAAGGGCCCUGCUACGACCUGGCUGUUGGACCAACCCUGGGAUCUGAGUCAGCGGGUGCGUCGGAGAGACCCUCGGGGGCCCCCUCCGGCCUCCUGGUCGGUGUGAGCAAUCCUGACCCUUAGGAUGGGCUCCCGAGGCUGUACCAUGACCUGUCCCAUCUACACUGGCCCUACCACCCACACCCCUGGGACCAUGGUCAGGUUCUUGGGGGGACCUUGGAUUUUGGGAUCACGUUUGGAGAAACGCAACUGAUUAUUUCUAAAGCAGAGAGGGCGGUCUCUCUCUCUCUCUCUCUCUCUCUCUCUCUCUCUCUCUCUCUCUCUCUCUCUCUCUCUUUCUCUCCGUGUGUGUUUCCCUCUGAUGGAGAAGAUGGUUCAUAGGUCCCCCCUGGACCGGCAUCUCGCUGCCACUGGACUGAGCAGCUCUGCCCCACCGGCUGGCACGGAAGGAAGGUAGACUUCCCAUGCGGUCUCCGGCCUGUACAAAACGCAGGGUCUUGUAAGGCCAAAGUGAGCGCACCUCUCUACUCUUCUCUAAACCUCAAAGAACCCCGAGCCCGGACUUCCCGGCACGGGGCCAGGCUGGGCCCCACUCUCCGGGCCUCUCUUGGCCACCAUCGGGCCGGGGAGAGAGUGGGGGUACCGGUGCAAAGACACCGGACCCCCUUCUCCGCCCCGCAGUACCCGGGGGACCGAGCACUGUCGGAGGGGCAGAAGCUGGAACAGGCCUGUUUGACAGAGUGUUGGUCAUCCUCAUCCGCAGCCCGAGUGGCGAGCCAACUGAAACCCUUACCCCUGUGCUCGCUCACUCGGGCUUCAUCCUGGGGGCUCCAGAUCGACAGGAAACACGGAUGGCGAGCAAGACUCGGCUCGUCUCCCCGUCCAGGCCCUGCCCUCUCCCUCCCACCACCCCCUCCCUUCUGAAUCUUGUCUCACUAGUGUUUUGUCCCUUAGCAGGUGCUUAAUAAAUGCAGUAAUGA